GUUAACCAACGUUGGAAAAAGUGGCCCUAGAGGACACAACUAACAUCACAAUUUAGGGAAUUUAUUACCCUCUGUAUUGUACACUCUGCCCACGAUUUUUAGAUUGAAAUUUGUAUCUUUUCGCGCUUUUGAAAUAUAUCUAAUCAUCAAGCAUGUCGCACACAGAUACGAUUUAUAAUGAAGAAAAUCGGCAGUUUUCUGAUAAUAUGGUUGACUCCAAUCCUGUAGAAGACAAUAAUACUGUCAUUUUAAAUAAGUUACUUGAGCUGCCGAAAAAUAUGAGCAAACGUCAAUUAAAGAGGGUGAAAAGAAGAGAAAAAUGGUUGGAACGAAAGGACGAGAAGAGGUUGCAGGAAAGGGCUAAGGCAAGGGAGAAACGUGCGUACGCGCGCGCGAAUAACCUGAGUCUAGGUCCAUCCAGGAAGUUUUUGAAACGCAGCACCAUGGCAGCCAGCCCUUGCAGACUCACAGUGACCAUCGAUUUGUCAUUUGAUGAUUUAAUGAUUGACAAAGACAUUGCAAAGUUGACAAAGCAGAUAUUGAGGUGUUAUACUUUAAAUAGACGGGCGACAGCGCCUAUGCAAUUCUCUCUCACUAGUUUUACCGGCAAGUCACAGGCUGACAUGGAAAAGCACAACGGAUAUGUACACUGGGAUGUAAAAUUUCAUAAAAUGCCGUAUACAAUUGUCUAUUCCAAGGACAAGAUCAUCUAUCUCACAAGUGAGUCGGAGAAUAUAAUUGAUCAUCUAGACCAGAAUUGUGUAUAUAUCAUAGGCGGCCUUGUUGAUCACAAUUCACAUAAAGGUAUAUGCCACAAACUAGCGAUAGAGGCGGGUAUUAGACACGGACGGUUGCCAUUGGACAAGUUUUUACAGAUGAAGGCGAGAAAAGUAUUGACCAUUGAUCACGUCUUCGAAAUAUUGUUGAGAGUCACGGAGGGCAAUACUUGGCAGGAGGCAUUCUUGAAGGUGUUACCAGAACGGAAGAAAGCUCGACCGAUUGUACCUGCACAACCCAAAGAGGAAGAGUCGCGAGACCCGUCGAAUACCACGACUCCAUCCGACGAAGAUGAUGCUCGCGAUGAAGAGAGCAAUGGUAAACUCGAAUAUGACGUUAUAUCGAAAGAAAUUUUAGAAGAAAAUUUAUGCUCAACGUAGGUAUGCGAAUGCUGGCAUAACAAAGAUUCAAAGCGCGGAGAAGUAAUCCUUAACACAUUAAAGAUACGAUACGAGAACAAGAUUCUCAUAUUUUGCGUGCCACGUGUUAUAUAUUGGUCAUAGCACGAGAAUUCUCGUGUUACUUAAUAAGCCUUGUCAAUAUAUUUUCUGCAAACUUGGCAAAAAUUUGAUAUAUAUAUAUACAUGCAAAAAUUUAAAUAUUCCUAUUUAAAUAUCUGAAAACUGGGUUUAAUAUAACCAUUAAAAUCGGGAAAAGGGCUCGUAACGACAGAAGCAUGAAGAGAAUUAAGCAAAUAAAAAUUUUUUAAAUUAUUGCAAAAUAUAGAUUUCUGUAAAACACCAAAGUAUAACUUCUUUAAUCAAAUUGAUCAAAUUCUUGAUUAAACAAAUUUUUUUAUAUAAAUUAAAAGUUUAUUUUAGUUUUUUUUUUUUUUUUUUUGCGAAUAGCGAAUAGAAGAAUCUUUUUUGCUGUUAUUUAAAGCUGUCAGAAAUUUGCAGUUGCACUACUAUGCGCAGGGGUGAAACUUGCAUAAUAACAAUAGUAUAUUUUUAUAUCGUUCGUCGUGUAUUUUUUCAAAUGUAGAGAUGCGUAGACAAGGACAAGACGGCAAACACCAAUUUAUAAAUGGGCUACAAAAACGCGUCAGACUCGACAAACAUCUUGUCAGCAACUUCUUGCGCUUUUUUUUUUACACAUCUCACAGACACAUAUUACAAUAUAAUACACUCUUACAUAGCUACAACGCUUGCUCGCGUUACCGGAGUGCAGCCUCUAGUUGAUCGUUUCGUGUUGCAUUCUUACUGUCGCACAGCAUCGCCAUUAGUCAUCGUUUAUCGCAAUUAGGUCAAACGUGUGAACUGACUGUCCUCGGGUUAAAAUGUUUGUACACAGGUGCAUAUUUAUUACAUUGCAAAUGUACAUACGCCUAUUUGACGUCAAAGAUAUUAAAUACGAUAUAUAUUAUAAUACCGCAUUAUACAUAUAUAUCUCUAUUUGUCUAAAUGAAAAUAAAUCUGGUCUCUUCCGAUCCUUCACAGUCCUUCAAGCCAUCAAGAUCGGAAAACUUGUAUCCGCGUGAAAUACACGUUGCUAUCGAGAGA